UUCGAACCGAUCUACAGAAGAAAAACCCUCGUUCCAAAAUCAAAUCAGAAUUUCGAUCAUUACCAGAUUUCAGCUAAUUGAUUCCACUGAUAUUCCAUCAAUGGCGACGCCGAAACCCUCGAAAACACCGGCUGAAAUCGAGGACAUAAUCCUCCGGAAAAUAUUUCUGGUGUCGCUUGUCGACUCAAUGGAGAACGAUUCUCGAGUUGUUUAUCUGGAGAUGACGGCGGCGGAGAUCAUGAGUGAGGGUAAGGAGCUCAGAUUAUCGCGAGAAUUGAUGGAGAGAGUCGUAAUCGAUCGCCUCUCCGGGAGCUUCCCCACCGCCGAGCCGCCGUUCCAGUAUCUGGUCAACAGCUACCGCCGCGCUUACGAGGAGGGGAAGAAAAUCACGUCGAUGAAGGAUAAGAACGUGAGGUCGGAGAUGGAAUUGGCGGUGAAACAAGCUAAGAAAUUGGCAGUUUCCUACUGUAGGAUCCAUCUAGGUAAUCCGGAUAUGUUUCCGAAUCAUGAUAAGAACAAAUCGAGUGUUUCGCCGCUGUUGCCUUUGAUCUUUGCGGAGGUUGGGGGUAAUCUGGAUGAUUUCGGUGGGAGGAGCAGUGGAGCUGCUUCUCCACCGGGUUUUAUUGAGGAAUUUUUUAGGGAUGCUGAUUAUGAUUCGAUUGAGCCUGUUAUGAAACAGUUGUAUGAGGAUUUGAGAGGGAGUGUUCUGAAGGUAUCUGCUCUGGGGAAUUUUCAGCAGCCAUUAAGGGCACUGCUGCUGCUGGUGAAUUAUCCGGUGGGGGCGAAGGCAUUGGUCAGUCAUCCGUGGUGGAUACCGAAGAGUGUGUAUUUGAAUGGGAGGGUCAUGGAGAUGACGAGUAUACUGGGGCCGUUUUUUCAUGUUAGUGCAUUGCCGGAUCAUGCUAUAUUCAAGAGCGACCCCGAUAUAGGCCAACAAUGCUUCUCUGAAGCCUCAACUCGCCGCCCAGCGGAUCUUCUUUCAUCCUUUACAACUAUCAAAACUGUUAUGACCGGCUUGUAUGACGGGCUGGCAGAAGUUCUUAUGUGCCUCCUGAAAAAUACAAACACACGUGAAAAUGUUCUUGAGUACCUUGCAGAAGUAAUCAACAAAAAUUCUUCAAGGGGACAUUUACAGGUUGAUCCUCUGUCUUGUGCUAGCUCUGGCAUGUUUGUAAAUCUUAGUGCAGUUAUGCUUCGUCUCUGUGAGCCAUUCUUGGAUGCUAAUAUGAGUAAAAGAGACAAAAUUGAUCCUAAAUAUGUUUUCUAUAGUAACCGUCUGGAAUUGAGUGGAUUGACUGCUUUGCAUGCAUCAUCGGAAGAGGUAUCACAAUGGUUUGAGGACAAUAGUGCUAAAGUUGAUACCUCGACAAGUGCUGGUGAUGGACAAAACCGGGUGAUACAGUCUCAAGACGCCUCUAGUUCCAGCAGCAGUGCCAACACACCUUCUCUCCAAAAUAACAAACCAGUUAACAUAAGUGGUGAAAAAACCAAAUACCCAUUCAUAUGUGAAUGCUUCUUCAUGACUGCUAGGGUGCUCAACUUGGGGUUGCUAAAAGCAUUUUCAGACUUCAAACACCUUGUUCAGGAUAUUUCUAGAAGUGAAGAUACUUUGGCCUCAUUCAAAGCCAUGCAAGAGCAGGCUCCUUCGCCACAAUUGCAGCAAGACAUAUCUCGCCUGGAAAAGGAAAUUGAGUUAUACACACAGGAGAAAUUUUGUUAUGAAGCUCAAAUACUAAGGGAUGGAACUCUUCUUCAGCGCGCAUUAUCUUACUACCGCUUGAUGGUAAUUUGGUUGGUUGGGCUAGUUGGAGGUUUUAAAAUGCCUCUAUCACCAACAUGCCCGAAGGAAUUUGCUUGUAUGCCUGAGCACUUUGUAGAAGAUGCCAUGGAGUUGCUAAUUUUUGCCUCUCGAAUUCCUAGAGCUCUAGAUGGGGUUAUGCUGGACGAUUUUAUGAACUUCAUCAUUAUGUUCAUGGCCAGUCCAGAGUACAUCCGAAAUCCAUAUCUAAGGUCCAAAAUGGUUGAAGUGCUUAAUUGCUGGAUGCCCCGGAGAAGUGGAUCAAAGGCAACUGAAACUUUAUUUGAAGGGCAUCAGUUAUCCCUUGAGUAUCUAGUGAAGAAUCUUCUGAAGCUUUAUGUUGAUAUUGAAUUCACUGGUUCCCACACUCAGUUCUAUGACAAAUUCAACAUUCGUCACAACAUUGCCGAACUCCUGGAGUACUUAUGGCAGGUUCCGAGUCAUCGAAAUGUCUGGAGAAGGAUAGCUAAGGAGGAGGAGAAGGGCAUCUAUCUGAACUUUUUGAACUUUUUAAUCAAUGAUAGCAUCUAUUUGUUAGAUGAAAGUCUGAACAAAAUUCUUGAACUCAAAGAACUAGAAGCUGAGAUGUCUAACACUGUAGAAUGGGAAAGUAGGCCAGCCCAAGAGAGACAGGAGAGAACUCGACUUUUCCACUCUCAGGAGAAUAUUAUUAGGAUUGAUAUGAAAUUGGCAAACGAAGAUGUGAGCAUGCUAGCAUUUACAUCUGAGCAGAUUAUAUCCCCUUUCCUGCUACCGGAGAUGGUUGAGAGAGUUGCCAGUAUGCUGAAUUACUUUUUGUUACAACUUGUGGGACCGCAAAGAAAAUCUCUUAGCUUGAAAGACCCUGAGAAGUAUGAGUUUCGGCCAAAACUGCUGCUAAAACAGAUUGUCACUAUCUAUGUCAACUUAGCUAAAGGAGACAAGGAAAAUAUUUUUCCAGCAGCCAUCACAAGGGAUGGUCGUUCAUACAACGAACAGCUAUUUGAUGCUGCAUCUGAUGUCUUGAGGAAGAUCGGGGAAGAUGCCAGGAUCAUUCAAGCGUUUGUUGAGCUUGGCACUAAAACCAGAGUUGCAGCUGUAGAGGCCAUGGAUGCUGAGGCUGCUCUCGGUGACAUACCUGACGAAUUCCUUGACCCAAUUCAGUACACUUUAAUGAAGGAUCCUGUCAUUUUGCCAUCAUCAAGAGUGAUUGUGGAUAGACCCGUGAUUCAGAGGCAUCUUUUGAGUGAUAGUACUGAUCCAUUUAAUCGGUCUCCUCUCACAUCGGACAUGUUAAUCCCCGACGUGGAGUUGAAGGCGAAAAUCGAAGAAUUUAUCAAGUCACAAGAAUUGAGAAGGCGGGAAGGGUUAGGCUCGCAGAACUCCAAAGACAAGAUUCAAACGACUGAUACUACCACUUUAAUAGAGUAGGCAUAUAUUGCUAGAUACUUGUAAAUUUUACUGGGUUGUAUAAUCAGUCAAUAUUAUUUGGUGGCUGGAUUCUUUUGUUGUGAGCUGCAUUACUUUCAUAACUCACGAUAUGCAUCAAUUAUAUCCACAUUAUCCCAGA